AUGUUAAGAAAUAGCGGUAACGAGUAUUUAACUAAAAGAGGUAUAAUAAAAAAUCGGAAAAAAUUUGAAAAUAUUGAUUGUGGAUGUCCAAAGAAAUGUUUAACGCUGUUGACAGAGGAUGAAAGAAAAGAAAUAUUUGAGUCUUUUUGGAAUUUAAAAAAUUAUGAUCUUCAAAAUUCAUAUCUGUAUGUAUUGGUACAAAAAUCAGCAGUCAAAAGAAAACGUCCACUAAAUAGUUCACGAGCAGGAAAAAAUUUUCAUUUCAAAUAUUUUGUUAAGUCAAGUAAUGAAACCCGAUCUGUGUGUAAGAAAUAUUUUUUAAAAACAUUUCAAAUCAGUGAUGGCAGACUGUAUCGUUGCCUUUCAAAGGAUGAUGUGUUCCAAUGUACUGAUAAACGAGGCACAACAAGUUCCAGAAAACUUGAUGAUUCUGACAUUGUAGCUCACAUCGAAAGUUUUCCUUCCUAUCAAAGCCAUUACACGAGGAAAAAUAACCCCUGUAGAAAGUAUUUAAAUCCAGGACUAACAAUACGAAAAAUGUAUGAUCUUUACAAAGAAAAAUGUGAUAUUAAUAUGACAGAACCUAAGAAAUUAAAAUAUUAUAAUAAAGUUUUCAACACAAAAUUUAAUUUACAUUUUAAAAUGCCACACCAAGACACUUGCAAAACUUGUGAUGACCUUAAUUUAAAGAUACAGGGAGCUGGCGAUGAAAAUGCUAGGAAGGGAUUUGAAAUACAAAGAGAAGUUCACCAACGAAAGGCAGAAGCAGCAAGAGAAAGUCUGAAAAAUGAUUCAAAAAGAACUAAUGAAGCAUACAUUCUAACUUUUGAUCUACAGAAAGCCUUACCCUUCCCCAAACUUAGUACUUCUGUAGCAUACUAUAAAAGAAAUCUUUAUGUUUAUAACUUCGGAAUACAUUGUUUCAAUGACGAUGUAGGCUACAUGUUUGUCUGGUAUGAAAUUGAAGGCGGAAAGGGCUCUCAAGACAUUUCACCAUGUCUUGUAAAGCUUUUAAAAACUCAUGCAGCUACACAAAACCAUGUCAUAAUGUACUCUGAUUCUUGUACCGGACAGAAUAGAAACAUCAAGAUGGCCCUUUCUCUUUUAAAGCUUGUACAAGAACCUAUUCUCAGUAUAAACACAAUAGACCAUAAAUUUUUAGUGUCAGGACAUUCGUUUUUACCCAACGAUGGGGAAUUUGGAGUCAUUGAAACCGCUAGUCGUCAUCAACAACAAAUUUUCAGUGCAGAUCAAUGGAUAGACAUCAUAAAAUACGCAAAACGCAAACAGCCACAUUUUUGCGUGACGAAAAUGAAAACCUGUGAUUUUUUUAGUACAGUUACCUUGGAAAAUUCCAUUACAAAUAGAAAGAAAACGACAUGUGGUUAUGAGUUCAGCUGGCUUAAUAUUAGAUGGAUAAGAUUUGAAAGAAAUCAUCCAUUACAGUUUAAAUUUAAAGAAACCCUUAAUCCUGACACCCCAUCUUACGUUGUAGAUUUAACUAAAAAGAAGCAAGGACCUGAGGUUCAGUUAAACAAUAUUAUACAAAUGCCACUGUAUACCUCAAAACUCUUCCAUGAAGGAGAGGCAGCUUAUGCAGUAAAACGUUUCACAGGGUUAUAUACGGGUCCAUACUUCGAUCCUACCACAACUACGAAUAUCACAACCCAACUAGGAACACACGCUUACAUCCCCUGCAAAAUCAAGCAGUUAGGAAACAAAUCGGUGUCCUGGAUAAGGAGGCGCGACGCCCACAUUCUCACUGUAGAUAGAGAUAAAUUCACAGGGGAUUGGAGAAGACGCCACAAUGCUGAAUUGGUGACUCUGUAUGGAAUUGAAAACAUAGUUAGACAUAUUAAGGCAAACCGAAUAAGAUGGGUUGGUCACGUGUCACGAUCAGAGGAUGACAGAGUGUUAAAGGCAGUGUUGUUUGAAAGACCAGAUGGUAGAAGAUCAGUAGACCGACCGAGAAAAAGAUGGAAGGAUGAUGUUGAAGCCGAUUUAUCUAAAAUUCGGAUUCAACAAUGA